AUGAUAGGCCGAGCUCUAAAAAUUUAUAUAUUAGUUAGGGUGGCAUUUGUAACAUUAUUAGAGCGAAAGAUUUUAGGAUACACUCAGGAUCGUAAGGGACCCAAUAAGGUAGGAGUUAGGGGGGUGUUUCAGCCUUUCAAAGAUGCUAUUAAAUUGUUUAGAAAAAAUUCAUCUAAUUCUUUAUAUUUAUUAAUGGGGGCUGUGCGUUCGGUUUCACAGAUUUUAUCUUAUGAGGUUAGAUUAAUUAUAAUUUUUUUAGUGUUGAUAAUUUUAAGAGAAAGAUAUUUUUUAUUGAUUUUGUAA